AUGAGCAACGAGCUGCUCCUCCACAAUGCCACCGCCUCCUCCUCCGCCACCUCCUCCGCCACCAACGCCACCUUGAACGUCACGGCAGCCGCCGCCGCCGCCGCUGCAGCCGCCGCCACGACCGCCGCGGGAGGGGGGGGAGGGGCCACCACGCUGAACCUCAACCUGAACCUGAACCUGGACCUAGACCUGAGCCUGCUCCCGGACCUGCAGAACUCCUCGCCGGGCCGAACGCCGGACUUCUCGCACCCCGGUGGUGGCCCGACGCCGCUCGGCGCCGCUGUGGUGAGCCCGUGGGACAUCGCCCUGUGCGUGACGGGCACCCUCAUCGCCUGCGAGAACGCCCUGGUCAUCGCCAUCCUGUUCUACACGCCGGCGCUCCGGGCGCCCAUGUUCAUCCUCAUCGGCAGCCUGGCCGUGGCGGACAUGCUGGCCGGCCUGGGCCUCAUCCUCAACUUCGUCUUCGUCUACAUCCUCAACACCGAGGUGGCCACGCUGGUCUCCGCCGCCAUGCUCAUCGCUGCCUUCUCCGCCUCAGUGCUCAACAUCCUGGCCAUCACGGUAGACCGCUACCUGUCGUUGUACAACGCGCUGACCUACCACACGGACCGCACCGUCACCUUCACCUACCUGAUGGUGGCGCUGAUCUGGCUGGCGUCGCUGACGCUGGGCCUGCUGCCCGCCAUGGGCUGGAACUGCCUGGGCGACGUCGAUGACGAGGACUCUGCGUCGUCGUCGUUUUCGUCGUCGACGUGCUCCGUCUGCCGGCCGGUGACCAAGAGCAACGCGGUGGCGCUGGCGGUGGCCUUCCUGCUGGUGCUGGCGCUCAUGACGCAGCUGUACCUGCAGAUCUGCCGCAUCGCCCUCCGGCACGCGCAGCAGAUCGCCGUGCAGCACCAGCACGGCUUCAGCGCCGCCAUCAGCACCUCCAAGGGCGUGUGCACGCUCUCCGCCAUCCUGUGCGCCUUCGCCGCCUGCUGGGUGCCGCUGGCCGCGUACGCCAUCGUGGCCGACGCCAGCUACCCGGCCGCCUACACCUACGCCGCCGCGCUGCCCGCCACCGCCAACUCCGUCCUCAACCCCAUCAUCUACGCCUUCCGGAACCCGGACAUCCAGAAGUCGCUGUGGCUGGCGUGCUGCGGCUGCGUGCCGACUAACCUCUCGCUGCGGCCGAGGGCGUCCAGUGACGUGUAG